UUCGUUGGAGAUUAAAUCAGUUUUUUGAGAUGAGUUUUCUCGAGAAACAAACCUAAAAUAAACGAAAUUACUUGUGUUUCAUAAAGAUUGGCAUUUGUUAUGGCACCUUUGAGGAAAACUAAGGAAUGGUCACGCUCCCUAAUCUGCAAGCCCAAGGAUAAUCUAAAAACCGAAGCCGGCAUGCGGGCCCAACGACGGGCAAUCGCUCUGGAGCGGAAUCGCGAUGACUUUGAGGAGGAUGCAAAGCCGAAGGUAAUCAAGAACGACUUCGAUUGGUGGCUGAAGCUGCGCAAAACGAACAAGAGUUUCUGCUCCAAAGGAUAGCCCGCUGUUGAGCGAGAGCUUUCGCUUGUGUAACGGUACUAGCGGAGACACGAACCAUGCCAGUGCAAGCUUUUGGUCAUAAACCUAACACAUGAUUAUUGAUUGAAAUAGCAUUGAAAUCAUUUAAAUUCAGACAAUAUAAAAUGGAUAUGUAUCAAUAAACCUAACACUACUACAAACAAGAGGUUCUAGUCGGGAGCUCCCGACUAGGGG